UUAUUUCCCGACCCGACUCCGACUCGCACGCUCGUCGUCGGCUCGUCGUCUUCCCUUUCCGCCCCUGUCCCCAAGCUCCGUCGCAGUUCCGCAUCGCCUCCCUGGCUCCCUCGCUCCAGAUCAAAACCCUAACCCUAGGAGCACCUACGGCCUCGCAGGCGACUGCCGCGCGUACCCGACGAGACUGCUCGGGAUCCCCUCGGAGAGGGGAGGUGAUGGGCGGGGCGAUCUCCGCCGGCGCAGCGGCGACGGGGGAGUACCCGGUGGUGCUCAACGUGUACGACCUCACGCCGCUAAACAACUACGUCCACUGGUGCGGGCUCGGCAUCUUCCACUCCGCCGUCGAAGUCCAUGGAUCAGAGUACAGUUUUGGAGCUCAUGACCUUCCCACAAGUGGUGUUUUUGAGGUCGAACCAAAGAGCUGUCCAGGCUUCUUGUACAGAUCUUCGAUUUUCAUAGGCCGUACAAGUUUACAUCCCUUGGAAUUUCGAGAUUUCAUUCAGAGAAUGGCCUCGGAGUAUCAUGGGGAUACAUACCACCUCAUAUCUAAGAAUUGUAACCACUUCACGGAUGAUCUCAGCACCAGAUUGACAGGAAAGCCAAUUCCUGGCUGGGUUAACCGACUUGCUAAGCUAGGUGCUUUUUGCAACUGCCUUCUACCAGAAAGUAUGCGGUUGGAGUCAACUGAGACAAAGAAUCUCACGGACUACCAUUUCUCUGAUGAUUCCAACUUAACCAUUAAUGACCAAUUUGAUGAUGAUGACAUUGAAGACAAACACUUGCUUUCAGAAUCUUCUGUUAGUGAAAAUGCAAUUGUAAAGGAAGUUCACAGGUGAUAGUUUGCUGAAGCCAUGCAUAAUAGUUUCAGUGUGCAGUUUAUCAUUCAUUUUGUACAUUGUAAUUUCUGUAUUAUGAAAUGUAACACGCCCAUUCUAUUGUAUUUAAGUAUUGUACAUACAUUCAAUGGCGGGUUUGGUGUCAUGGUUUCUUGGUUCCCCUCGUACAAUGCCGUAAUACCACACUGUCCUUCCUAGGUAUACCGAGAUUCAGAAUGUAAUCUUAAUUCAUUUUCUUUUGUAAAAAUGCAAGUCAAGCAAGGUGAUAUGGUUCCUGAAAA